CAGCUGCACAUGUAAGAGCUAAACAUCCUACUGCUUGCCUUGUUUGGGUGGAGGCACAUUAUGUAAACAUAACAAGAGCAUACUGUGCCUCUUCACUAAUAUCCGUGUGGCUAUUUAAACAAAUGCAACUCGUCGUUUUGUAAACUUACAGUAAUCACUUAGAAUAAUGUUAGGCAGGGUUUGCACACAUGCAGGAUUUUAGGACUGAGGAGAAUGCUCGGUCUGCUUAUGUAAAAGGUCUGAGGCAGCAGAAAGCAUUGUCUGGCUCCAGAGUUACUAGUGACUGACAGGUUAGACUAACCAAUGCUUACUGAGCUAUUUCUAUCAAAUCACCUUCGUUGUCAAAUCCAGUUGUUCACACUUAACCAGUCAAGAAGUUAACUUAUUUUUUAAAUAAAGAUAAUAGCUGACUGAGUCGCAUCUGCCGCCCUAAAAUCUAGCCUUUAAUUGUGAUUUGGCGCAGCAAUACAUCAGAUACCUCAGGCCAGCGCUGACUGUGUUGCCGCAGCGCUGAAAGUCAUGGAUGCAUUUUUUUUUUCCUCCUGAUGGGCGUGUUUUCAUUCAGCUAACGGAACUGGAAGAAAAGCACAACUUGCAGUCGGGCACUUCGGAUCACACUGAAAGGCCUGCACCGAUGUAAAACUGCUCCGAUUAAACAAAUUCAGCAAUUGCAACGGCGCCAUCAAAUAAGAUGAAACGAGUUCGGUGAUAGAAAUCUGGCGACAGCGCACGCAAAAAACAGCGAGACACGCGAUCGUUAAAAUAAAACUCAGAUUUUUCAGGACAUCGCGGGUUCCGGCCGUUCGUGCUUAGAACUGAAGAGUUUGAUCUAAUCGUAACCCAUCUCUCAGCAUUUGUGACCACUGAAGAGAACGCGAUGCAAAGCGACGAGUCGGGGCCGAGCGGACCUAAGGGCACAGAGUGUCCGAGCGCAGCUCCAGAGGAGAAGAAGCCGCCGAGUGACGGGGACACAGAGGCUGCCAAACCACAAGGGAUCAGCGCAGUUGCGGUGCUGUGGACAUUUGGGAAGUGCCUGACUGCUCUGCUGCCCGUCUACCUGGCCGGAUACUACCGGGUCAGCACCAGUUUGUUGGUGUUCGGUUUGAUGGUCUACACGGGAUGGAAACAUGCCCGAGAAGCAAAGGAAACACGCCUGCGGUCUGCCAUGCAGCUGCUCAGCAACGAGCAGGAGUACACAUCGAUGAAAGUGUCCAAAAGCAAGCGAGACCUGCCUGCUUGGGUAAGCUUUCCAGAUGUGGAGAAAGUUGAAUGGCUGAAUAAGGUGUUGCAGCAGGUAUGGCCCUUUGUUGGCCAGUACCUUGAGAAACUGCUGGUGGAAACCAUCGCUCCGUCUAUCCGGGCCUCGAGCAGCCACCUCCAGACUCUGAGCUUCACCAAGGUGGACAUGGGAGACAAGGCCAUGAAGGUUGUAGGAAUCAAGGCACACACAGAAAAUGACAAGGGACAAGUGCUUCUAGAUCUGUAUAUCAGCUAUGUUGGUAAUGUCGAGAUCAAUGUUGAGGUGAAGAGAUAUUUCUGCAAAGCAGGAGUCAGUGGAAUACAGCUGCAUGGGAUGAUGCGGGUGAUUCUGGAGCCUCUGAUUGGAGAUGUGCCAAUAGUGGGUGCGGUCACCAUGUUUUUCAUCCGGAGGCCGAAACUGGACAUCAACUGGACUGGAUUGACUAAUUUGUUGGAUAUUCCUGGACUGAAUGUCAUGUCUGAUAGCAUGAUCAUGGAUGCCAUUGCCUCCUUCUUGGUGUUGCCCAAUCGCCUGACUGUUCCCCUGGUUCCAAAUCUGCAUGUGGCCCAGCUGCGUUCUCCAUUGCCCAGGGGUGUGGUACGUAUCCACCUACUGGAAGCAGAUAAUUUAGCCGCCAAGGACAGCUACAUCAAGGGUGUGAUGGCUGGCAUGUCUGACCCCUACGCCUUGUUGAGAGUCGGCCCUCAGACCUUCACAUCCCAACACAUAGACAACACACUCUCUCCCAAGUGGGGAGAAAUGUAUGAGGUUAUAGUCCAUGAAGUGCCUGGUCAGGAGUUGGAGGUGGAGGUUUAUGACAAAGACCCAGACCAGGAUGAUUUCCUGGGCAGGACCAAGUUGGAUUUGGGCAUUGUGAAGAAAUCCAUUGCUGUUGAUGAUUGGUUCACUUUGAAAGACGCCCGUUCAGGACGAGUCCAUCUCAGACUGGAGUGGCUGGCCUUGCUGCCCAGCACCGAUCGACUGGAGCAGAUCCUGAAGAGGAAUGAGAGUGUGACGAGCAAGACAGCUGAUCCACCGUCUUCAGCCAUCUUGGUUGUCUAUCUGGACAAGGCUGAGGCACUUCCUAUGAAGAAGGGGAAUAAGGAGCCCAAUCCCAUGGUACAGCUGUCUGUGCAGGACAUCACUCGAGAGAGCAGGACUUGUUACACAACCAUCAAUCCAGAGUGGGAGGAAGCAUUUACCUUCUUCAUCCAGGAUCCACACAAACAGGACAUAGACAUACAGGUGAAGGAUGUGGACCGUGUGCAGACACUGGGUAGUCUGACACUCCCUCUUUCCCGCUUGCUGUCCAGUGCUGAUCUUUCAUUGGACCAGUGGUUCCAGCUGGACAAAGCUGGACCGGCCAGUCGCAUCUCCAUCAAGGCAGUGCUCAGGGUCCUGUGGUUGGAUGAGGAACAUAUUUCAGCUGAUGUAUCAUCCAGUCUGGAGGCUGGACUGUCCAAACAGCGGCCCCAGGAGACCUCCCCACAUCCCAGCUUUGCCACUGAGGGACUACUCAGAAUUCACCUCUUGGCUGGCCAGAAUCUGGUGCCUAAAGAUAACCUGAUGGGGGGCAUUGUGAAGGGCAAGAGUGACCCCUAUGUCCAGAUCAACAUUGGGGGUGAAACAUUCACAAGUCAGGUCAUCAAGGGGAAUCUCAACCCCACCUGGAAUGAGAUGUAUGAGGUGGUCCUGACCCAGCUGCCUGGUCAGGAGCUGCAUAUGGAGGUGUUUGAUAAAGACAUGGACAUGAAGGAUGAUUUCAUGGGCAGGCUGAAGAUCAGUUUGAAGGACAUCAUUGAUUCUCAGUACACCGAUCAGUGGUAUACUCUGAGUGAUGUAAAGUCUGGUCGGGUUCACCUGGUACUGGAAUGGGUUCCCACAGCCUCAGAAUCAGACAGACUGGACCAGGUUAUUCAGUUCCAUUCCAGACAGUCGUACCAGAACAAGGCGGUUCCCUCAACUGGCCUGCUGUUUGUAUAUGUCGAGCAGGCAGACGGCCUACCUUUGAAGAAGAGCGGCAAAGAGCCGAAAGUGGGAGCUGAGCUUUCUCUUGGACAAACCUCCCACAAAACUACGGUGUGUGAUCGCACAACAUCGCCUCAGUGGAAUGAGGCCUUCCACUUCCUGGUUCGUGACCCCAGAGAGGAUAUACUUGUAGUUAAGUUGUCCCACAGCUGGACCUUGCCCAUUGGCUCCCUGGUGGUUCCUGUCCGAGACCUGCUGUCUGAACCACAGCUGGUCCUGGACCAGUGGCUCCAUCUGGAUGGAGCUUCACCUGCGAGUCAGAUCCUGCUGAGGUCUGAACUCAAGAUGCUGAUUCCUACUAAAUGCCCCGGUGCCACUGAAAAGGCUAAACCCAGCUCUGCUUCAGAGCCGUCCCCUGCUCGGCAAAAACUGGAGACAGACAGGGUGCAGAGGUCAAGCUCUGUGGACGCUCCUCCUGUGGAAACCAUUACUCCAGUCUCUGUGUGUGAGGAUGUUGAUGUGCAGGAAGUUUCAGCUGAUGUGAUUCAAGAGGAAGAGGAAGAAUCCCAAAGUCCUCCUGUAGUACAGCCUCCACAUACUUCCCCAGACCCCAGCUUUGCCACUGAGGGGUUGCUGCGGAUCCACCUGCUGGAGGCUCAGAGUCUGAUUGCCAAAGAUAAGCUUAUGGGCUUCAAGGGUAAGAGUGACCCUUACGCUAAAAUCAAUGUCGGGGAGGUCAUACUCAAGAGUCACGUGAUCAAGGAGAAUCUCAAUCCAACCUGGAAUGAGAUGUAUGAGGUGGUCCUGAGGCCUGAGUCAGGAGUGGACGUGCAGGUAGAGGUGUAUGAUAAAGACAUGGACAGAGAUGACUUUUUGGGCAGAUUCAGCAUCAGCUUGGAGGAUGUUAUCCAGUCCCAGUACACAGAUCAGUGGUACACUCUGAAUGAGGUGAAGUCGGGUCAGGUCCAUCUGAUACUGGAGUGGGUUCCAACAGUGUCUGAAACUGACAGACUGGAAAAAGUGCUGCAGCUUCAGUCUGCCCAGGCUUACCAGAACAAGGCCGUUCCCUCUGCUGCUCUACUCUUUGUCUGUGUGGAGAGAGCACACUCACUGCCUUUAAAGAAAAGUGGGAAGGAGCCCAAAGCUGGUGCUGAGCUUGUUCUUGGCGACACAACAUACAGAACCAAGGUGUGUGAACGCUCCAGAUCACCUCAGUGGGAUGAGGCCUUCUACUUCUUGAUUCGUGACCCCAAAGAGGAGAUGCUCAUACUGAAGUUGUCCAGCGGCUGGGAUCAGCCAAUGGGAUCUCUGGUGCUUCCAGUAAGAGAGCUGCUCUCUGAACCAGAGCUGGUCCUGGACAAGUGGCUCCAGCUGGAUGGAGCCGGACCUGAGAGUGAGAUCUUGCUGAGGGCUGAGCUCAAGGUCCUGAACUCUAAAAUGACCGAAGCUCCCCAGGGACCUCUGACAGGUACAAAAGAAGAGGAACCGGUCAUCACCACUGAGCAGUCAUUCACAGCACCGAGCGAGGAGAGGCUAAGCUCUGAGCUGCCAUCUGAUGAGUCUGGUGCAGUAUGCAGCCAGCCUAAAGACCCUGAUGCAGUGGAGAGGGACGCUGCAGCCACCAUGGAAGAGGCUGCUGCUGCUGAGCCAGCUGCCAUGCACGCUGACCCAGAUGCCCACCCUGUUGCUCCGCUGGUGGAGGAGCCGACAGACGCAAAAGAGCCGACCCCGCAGGCAGUCACAGCAGCAGCAAAGGGAGAGUUUCAGCCGUGGCAAGUGCCAACAGAGGGUAGGACUGCUGUAGACAACCUCGCCCAUGCCACGGUGACUGGUCUUCCCUCUGAGCCAGCAGAGCUCACAGAAGAACUCCAACCUGGUGAAGACCUACCACAACACACCAGCCCUAGCCAGGACUUCAGUAGUGAGGGGGUGCUGAGAAUCCACCUGCUGGAGGCCCAGAGUCUGGUCGCCAAGGACAACCUGAUGGGGGGCAUGGUGAAGGGCAAGAGUGACCCUUAUGUCAAGAUCAAUAUUGGUGGGGUCGCAUUCAAGAGUCACGUGAUCAAGGAGAAUCUCAACCCAACCUGGAAUGAGAUGUAUGAGGUGGUUUUGAGCGGGCAAGGUGACCAGGAGAUCCAGUUUGAAGCUUUUGAUAAAGAUUUAGACGCUGAUGACUUCCUUGGCAGAUUCAGCAUUAGGCUGAAUGAGGUUAUCAGGUCCCAGUACACAGAUCAGUGGUACACUCUGAAGGAUAUAAAGUCUGGCCGGGUUCACUUGAUACUGGAGUGGGUUCCUACAGUCUCAGAGUCAGUCAGACUUGACCAGGUGCUGCAGCUCCAGUCGCUCCAGUCUUACCAGAACAAAAGCGUUCCUUCUGCUGCUCUGCUUUUUGUCCACUUGGAGAGAGCACAUUCACUGCCUCUGAAGAAGAGUGGAAAGGAGCCCAGAGCAGGAGCUGAGCUUGUCCUUGGUGAAACAACGUACCGAACCAAGGUGUGUGAUCGCGGUGUCUCUCCUCAGUGGAGUGAGUCCUUUUACUUCCAGGUCCGUGACCCCAAACAUCAGAUGCUUAUCAUAAAGUUGUCCAGUGCCUGGGACCAGCCAAUGGGAUCUCUGGUGGUUCCUGUCAGAGACCUGCUGUCAGAGCCACAGCUGAUCCUGGACCAGUGGUUCCAACUGGACGGAGCAGCACUUGAGAGUCAGAUCCUGCUGAGGGCUGAACUCAAGAUUCUGGCGUCCAGAAUGGUGGACAUGAUAAGUGCAGGCACUCUGCCCUGUGCAGCCUCUGGCUGUGGAUCUGGAAACGGGCAGGUGAAGUUGUCUCUUUCCUACGCCUCACAGGAGGAGAGGCUCGUCGUCAUUGUCCAUGCCUGCAGAGGUCUGUUGUCUCAAGGUAAGGAUGGAGUAGACAGCUAUGUCUCCCUCAUGCUGCUGCCAGACAAAAGCAAGGCCACCAAGAAGAAGACAGCUGUGAAGAAGAGAGACCUCAACCCUGAAUACAAUGAGAGGUUCGAGUAUGAUCUACCUGUGAAAGAGACAAGAUUCAGGCGCCUCAGUGUGUCAGUGAAGAACAAUUCUUCCUCGUUCAGGAGCCGAGACGUCCUUGGACAGGUGCAGAUUGAGCUGUCCCAAAUUGACUUGGAUUCCGGUGUCACUGAAUGGUUUGAUCUGAAAGAUGAGGCCGAGUAGUGGAUCUGUCUUCUGAUAUCAUAUUAUUAUUAUGAUGAUGAUGAUGAUGUCGCCUUGGCAUUGUGCCACUGCUGCAAUUCACGCUGAUGCCUUCCCUUCUACACUUCCAGAAACCACUGUGGCAGCCUUACCUGCAUUCACCUGUUUUUCUGCCUGUUAAUGUAUACCAUAGAAUUAGAUUGUACUGUAUAUGCACACACAUCAAUACCCUAUAUUGAUAUAUUCCCCUGUCAGUUCCCUCACCAAAGAGACUUACUGUAGGCUGAACUACUUUGUUGUGAUCAAGAUGAAGUAUGAGUUUGAUUGAAGGAUACUUUUUUUUUUUUUUGAGGAGAUUGGUUAGGCUAAUUUAGUAUACACAGGCUGACAAAAAGUAAUGCCACAUCCUGUAUGUUGUUGCAUUGUUUGCUUUUAUUCUUCUUGCAAAGAAUUGGUUGACUUUUUUUGUUUGUUUCUUUUACCACUUAAUGCAAAUGCCAUUUCAGUAUUUUACAUCUGUCUCAUGACAGGUUUACGUUUUAUUUCUUUUAUGUUUCACAGCACUUUGCUUUGUCUCUCAAUGCUACAUUGACAUGUUUGAAAAUAAUGGACUUUUAUAUUUUUUUUUUCUACAGUUGAGACAUGUAGCCUAUUUGUUAUUAUGCCAACAUUAAGUUACAGUAUGUUUGUCAUUUUUGUGUAUAUUUGCAAGGAUUAUGGUUUGCAUGGGAUGUAGGCUGUUGUUGGUGGGAAGAUGAUUGUAUAAUGACAAUAAACAGAUUUUGCACAUGUCA